AUGUAUACUCUCUCCCUCCCUUCUCUCUCUCUCUCAUCAGUUCCCUCUACAGAGAGAGACACUGAUGGCUUCCUUUCUGUUUUUGGUAACUCUCAUUCUUGCCGUUGCUUUUUCCGUUCACUCUUGCCCUCCGUCUGACCGGGCGGCACUGUUAGCCUUCAAGGCCGCACUCACCGAACCCUACUUAGGUAUCUUCAGCUCCUGGACCGGUACAAACUGCUGUCUCAACUGGUACGGCGUCAGUUGCGACCCCUCCACCGCCCGCGUCGCCGACAUCAACCUCCGUGGCGAGUCGGAGGACCCGAUAUUUGUGAAAGCUGGUCGCUCUGGCUACAUGACCGGCACCAUCUCGCCGGAGAUUUGCAAGCUCGAUCACCUCACCAACCUUGUUGUUGCUGACUGGAAGGCCAUCUCCGGUGAGAUUCCCGACUGCAUUGUCUCCCUCUCCUCUCUCCGCGUCCUCGACCUCAUCGGUAACCACAUCUCCGGUGAGAUUCCUGCUGGAAUCGGGAGCUUGCAGCGGCUGACUGUGUUGAACCUGGCCGACAAUGCCAUAUCAGGUAGGAUCCCGCCCUCCAUUGUGAACCUCGCAUCACUCAUGCACCUCGAUCUCAGCAACAAUCAGCUCACUGGCGAACUUCCCACCGAUUUCUGCAAACUCAGUAUGCUCAGCCGUGCGCUGCUGAACAAAAACCAACUCACCGGCUCGAUCCCGACGUCCAUCUCUUCGAUGAACCGGCUCGCGGACUUGGAUUUGUCCAUGAACCGCCUGAGCGGUUCAAUCCACAGCGAACUCGGUUCAAUGCCGGUUCUUUCGACACUCAACCUGGACAGCAACUCUCUGUCAGGUCAAAUCCCUCCAAAUCUGCUGGGCAACUCGGGUAUGGGCAUCCUGAACCUGAGCCGAAACGGGUUGGAAGGGCAAAUUCCGAACGUGUUCGGGUCAAAAUCAUACUUCAUGGUGUUGGACUUAUCCCAUAACAACUUGAAAGGUCCGAUACCCAGUUCGCUAUCAUCGGCCAAGUAUAUCGGCCACCUGGACCUAAGCAACAACCACCUGUGUGGAUCCAUACCCGUCGGGUCUCCGUUUGAUCACCUUGAAGCUUCCUCCUUCGCUAACAACGACUGCUUGUGUGGGAAUCCCUUGAAGACUUGCUAACAAGUGACCCGACCCGGAAAGUCACCUAUCUGGUUGAUUCUCACAAGCAAGUCACGGUCAAGCGUAUCUGUGUUUGAUUUUUGUUAUAUUAAUACAUAAUAUGUAAUGUGUGAUAUAUCUGGAAGUUAGGGCUGAUAUGUUACCCAGUAUAAAAUAUUUUGCAUUUUUUGUGGAUGGGAAAAAAA